ACCUUAUUUACAGGAUAUUAGGUAUUGUGUUUUUUGGUUUGAUGUUGAUGCCUAAAAUGUCAUCAGUGCCAAUAAUCCAACAAGAUUUCAUUUUCCACCAAGAUGCACACAAACAAAGGAUACUUUAUUGUCAAUAACUAACUAUUGUGAAGAAUCUGCUUUUUAAAUGUGAGUGUGUUACAAAGAAACACAUUUUUUAUUAAAAAAAAAAAAUGCUUAAUACAGCCAAUCACUGGCCAAUACUGUCACAGAACCAUGAACAUGUUAUAUUUUGGGUCUUUAUACAAAGCAUGCUGUUAUAGGAAAAUUAUCAGCUACAGGCUGGGGUGAUUAUUUUCCAAUAACAGCACAUCCUGUUAUGCAACAGCAAUUUGUCGAGGAUUACAAUUGUUAUUUAUUAAAGAGCAGCUCGUCAUACCUUUUAUCCAUUUGUAGUUACAUCUAAUGUUGUGGAACAUCUGUGAAGCUGUAUUGUCAGUUAAAAAAAAAAAUAAAAAAAUCAUAAAACAGUGAGUUCUCUGUCCUGAGACAGAGAACUUAAUAUUCUUUUAUAUGAUGUAAUUUAAUAUGAAUUUUGCAUAAUAGUGAACAAGCAGUGAAUAGUGAAUGUAACAUCUUUGAAGCCAGUCCUGAAGACUGAAUGUGCAUAGUGCAUCUAUACUCAGGAAAUUUUUUCAUCGGUGUGUGUGCAUUUUAUACCUGUACCAUGGUUUUUGAUUGCAUUUCUGUUUGAAAUGAGCAGUUUGGCUCAACAGGAUGCAUGCACAACAGUGUGAAAUGGCUUAAAGGACAUUUUAGGGGAAAAUUAAAUUCAAAAAGAAAGAUAGUCCACUGUGAUGUAUUAUUGUUCAAUUUCAUGCAUAGUGUUACACACUGUCACAAAUCACAUAGUAAUCUGUUUGUGUUUAGAAUAUGAAAUGAUUUGGUGUGUCUUAACACUACUUGUUGGCCAUAUUAAGUCUCAAAACUCAACUGUAAAUAUGAAUUUAGACCCCAAACAUGAUUUGGUUUUAUGGUAAGUGUUAAAUUUCUACAUAUAACAUUUAUGAAAAUUCAGCAGUGAGAAUAGUACAUUUAAAGAAUUUCCAUUAAGACAGGCAACUUUCUGAGAUAAUUUCUUUACCAGAGUCAGGCAGAAUACUAAAUGUCUCCGUGUUGAACAUAUAGUGCACUAUGUAGGUUAUAGACGCCUGUAAUUUGUAGUAUUUGUAGUGCGCCUUUAUAGGGAGCUUCAAUCCAUUCGUAAUAAUGCACGAGCGUUCUAAUAAUGACUGUAAUUAGCGGCACGUGCGGCUCCAGCCAGGUCCAGGCCCAAAAAGCGUUCACUGUCAGCUCGGGUUUUAAGCUAAAUUCUACUCGUUUCGGGUUAAAAUUGUGUUUUAUCUUCGGGUGUCACACAAAAACAAUGUUUGUUUUUCAAGCUGGUUCCGGUUAAAGUGGCGCCAGUGACUAGAAAAUGCUGCAGUCACCUCUCAGGCCUCUUGUGCCUCUAUCAGCACUUGCCCUGCUCGGCUGGUGUUGGUACACCUUUAGGAAGAAGAGGAGCCUAUGCGAGAGGGCUAAGGAAGAAUUGUUGGUCUCCUCUGCUGCUAGGAAGCAAAGUAUGGUGGAGAAUGUUGCGGUACAGGAAGCUGCUGCCGAUGGAAGUACACUGGCAGCACGGGAUGUGAAAACACACUGCCAUUUUCAGUCACAGGAAAAACAAGAGAGUGACCAAAAUCUUGACCCUAACUGCUCUCAACUUAGUAGCACCAUGGAUGACUCGUCUGUCCUGUCUGGGGCCUCACAAGCCACUAUUCUCACCUCCACUCCGAUUGUACGACUUCUAAAAGGAAUUCGCCCAGAACCAGAAGGGGAGGUUUCCAGAGCUCAAGCGUCUCUGCUUCUGGCCGAGAAGCCAGAAACGGACCCGGGAGAAGAGGAUGACACUGUUAAAGGUCGUUCAGACAUUAAAGCAUUUGAGAUGGAGUCUUUUACAAAGCAGCCCACAGGGAUUGUGUGCCCCAAAGAACACGGAGUCACUAACGUGUCUGAAAAGCAAAGUGAAAGAGUCCCAAGCCUGAGUGAAGCCGAUGGCCUGGUCAUCGAGGUUAUAAAUGGUGCUACAGAAGAGAUCACGGCAAUUGGCGGUGGCAUUUUAAAAAGAAAAGGUCAUGCCGAACCGAGGGUAACUCCACAAAGCCAAGAGCAACUUCAAAAAGAAAUCGACGAGAAUAACAGUUUAGCGGUCACCAAGACAGAUCUUGAUGUUCUUACUAAGACAGUGGAGGAAAGUGUCUCUUCACCAGACAUGCCGUGUGACCCCCUUUCGACAUUCCUAGCAGGAAAGGAUUCAGGUUGUAGCACGUGCCAUUCAGAGGAUGGAUUAGAAGCAGAGAAAACUUCUAGCAAGUCUCAAACUGUGGAGAAAACGUCCUCCACUCUUCCUGUAUCUUCUGAAACUCACCAUGCCAUAGCCCGAAAAAAUGGAAAAGUUUCGAGACAAAAGGCAGAUGCCUCUAAAGGUGCUGACGGUGUACAGUGUGUGAACGACGAGAGCAGCGUCGCCAGCAAACGAGACACACACUCUAGGAAUUUGCCCCACACUCUGUGGAACAUAGAGGUGCCAGCACACCUCGUUGGGCGAUUAAUUGGAAAGAAAGGGAAAUAUAUUUCCUCCCUGAAGCAAAGUUCUGGCGCGAAGAUCUACGUGUCUACACUUCCAUACACGUUCGAGUUUCAGAUCUGUCAUAUUGAGGGGUCUGAGGUGCAGGUGGAAAAAGCUCUGGCACUAAUCAGAAAAAAGUUCAAAGAUUUGGAUUUGAGCAACCGCCUGAGCAGUUUACAACCUGCUGCAGUCCAUUCUCUCCCCAUCACUUCCUGGCUGCUGCUCCCUCAGGACGGAACCGUGGAGGUCAUUGUACCACGGGUGGAGGCAGCAAACUACCUGUUUAUUCAGCAGCACACGCACCCCACCUAUUACGGCCUGCGCAGUCUCACAGAGCAGAUGCUCUUCUGCUACUGCCAUUCAGGAUGCCCCAGCCUGCCUACUCCUGUGGAAGCAGGCGUGUUAUGUGCGGCCCCGUCUCCUGAUGGUGCAUGGUGGAGAGCGCAAGUUAUUCAGCAUUACAAAGACUCCAAUGUUGUACAGAUCAGAUAUGUGGACUAUGGAGGCUACGUGACUGUUAACCUCAAUUCUCUGAAGCAGAUCAGGUCUGAUUUUGUGGCGUUACCUUUCCAAGCAUCUGAAGUUAUGUUAGAAAACAUUGCACCUUUGCCAGGAAAGGGGACGUUUUCGUUUGAAGCCAAAGAGGCUCUUGAGGAAUUAACACAAGGGAUUCCUUUAAUCAUGAAGGUGACUGGCAGUCAGAGCGGACUGCCCAUAGUGCACAUGUGGCGACAUGCAGGAGAAGAGAUGAUUUCGGUGAAUGGAGUGCUGGUGGAGCGUGGGCUUUGCUCGUGGUUGGACAGCCACUGAUGGUGAAGCCUGUACACGUCUGCUUCACCUCUCCCCCCCCCUAGCCUCUUCUCUUUGCUCACAUGCGCCUUGGUGCACACACAUCAGUGCUCCUUGUAUUGUGUAAAAAUCAUGCGUUUUACAUUUUUGUUGCAAAAGAAAAUCUAUUUUGACUUCUAUAAUAAAUAAAAUAUGGGGGGAAAAAAAUCAGCAUGAACUCGGAGUGGCUUAGGGUCAGAUUGUAGUAUACUUUACAGUACAUAUAAUUUCUGUACACGUAAACUAAGAUUUAAGAAGUUUUUCUGAUUGAAUAGUUUUGUAAUGCUCAUUUGUUUCUCUUUGUAUGUACAUCUCUGAAUUUUUUUUGGGUUUGACUGAAUUUAAUGUAUACACUAAUUAUGUCUAGUUCCUUAUUGCUGCUUUGUUACUCUGGCACUUUUUUUUUUUUUUUUAAAUAUCGGUUUCUAUUUUUUGUCUUCUUUUGCUGCACUUAUUUUCCCUUUUCAAAAAUGGGGAAUCUUAAGUAGGAUGUGAAUGUAUUGUGAGCCUGUUGGCUUCACACUGCUAGGCUAAACAUCUUUCUAAAGAAAGGCACUCGGUGUGGGGAGUUACUAUCUUCGCCCCAUUAAAUUAAAUUAAAGAAACCCUCUUGGUGUGCUGCUGUGUUGGAAUCACAUCAGUAACACCUGGUGUUUUGUGAAAGUCAUUUCUGCUUUUGUGUCCUUAAAUGGAGUUUUUGACUGUAGUUUAAAAAAGUAAUAAAUUAUAAACUGUAAUUUUUGGUUUUACGCUUUAAACGGUUGCUUUAAUAGUUGUUUAUCCCAUACCGGUUCACACAUUUUGCUGGGAAUGUACUGAGGAUAUGCGGCAGUCUGGGAAAACCCGUUGUGGGUCCUUCUGGCUAAAAUCUUGCGAACAGACAAAAGUUGGGUUUUUCUCCCACUAAUAUACAUUUACACUUCAACUUUAACAAAAAAAAUAUAUAUAAUGUUCUCAGACAGUGAAUGUCAGACUUGAUCAAGCUGUUGGAGAGCCUUAGAUGUGUUGUAGCAAUGCAGAUAUACGCCUCAUCAGUUUAGUUUGUAAUCAAAACAUCCAUGAGGCUUCUGUGUCGUCACAUCAUCAGAGAACACUUUGUGGACAAAGUUUUAAAGUGUCUGAAUGACCUAAUAAAAGAUGGGAAAUUUAGCCCACGGAUCAGAAGUGAGUGAAUGAAUCAGCUUUUAUUUCCCUACUGAUGUGGCCGUGAACAGAGAUCAGUCGAGUGAAGAGAAGAUGUGUAAAUGCUGUGACAUUUACCUCAGGUGAUGAGGCUAAUGUCGAAGAUGCUGCUAACUAAUUUCCCAUGGUAAAUGUAUAAUUC